AUGGGAAGACUCGUGUUUUUGCUUUUCGUAAAACUGCAGAGUUUCGCUGUAACCGGAAUAGUAGAUGAAAUGCUCAUCAAAACUUCAAAGCUGAAAGCACAAGCAAAUUUCUUGGCUAUGUCCACUCGCUGCGGACGAGUUCGUUCGGUGUUCGAUUAUCCUCCGAAAAGUCGGCACAGACCUCGAUCCAAUUUGACAGCGAGCAGUUAUUACACGCUUGGAUUGAAACUUUUCAAACGUCUGCCGACAAAUAACGAGUACUACUGCGACAAGUGGGUGGUUACUGUAUCGUUCAAAUUGUACAGACUAAGGAUGGAGCCAGCUGUAAUAAAGAUUCAUUUCGCACUUUCUAUCGCAUCACAAAAUGAUCUUCAAGCUUAG